AUGCAUUCGUCAGCCGUGCAGCCUUCUCCGGUAAUGACCGGGGGGGCGGGCCCCGCCAGCUACGAUGAGAACAGCUCCUUCCAGGGGAAUGCUUUCGCGCUGCUCGGGGGACCGAUUCUAAAGCGCGCUCUGGGUCAUUGGCUGCAGCUCAGGAGAUGGUCGCCGCAAACCAAGGAGCGCGCAGUCUGCAUCGCAGACCUUAGGUCGGCGACGGGGGAAAAUGCCGUGGCUCAAAUGGAGCUGGUGCUGCACUGCCAGGAAACGACGGGUUUGGAGGAGGAAAAGGAACUGCAAAGUGUGCUGCAAAGCAGCCCACGGAAGCGCACAGACGCCUUCGAUUCGGACGGUGCUUUCGAUCCACGGACCGUGAUGGCCUUCUUUUCGGACCUCCCGGACAACGACUGGGGCACUCUCUUGCGGCGCAUUUACAUUGACAGCAGGGGAUCAGGAGCCGCGGGGAUCCCCCGGCUGCCCUGCCACGUGGCAGCCGUCCCGGGGUCGUUCUACGAGCGGCUGUUUCCGGACGCCUUUCUGGACCUCGCCAUGUGCAACGCGGCCCUGCACUGGCUCUCAAGGCUUCCGCCCGAGGCUGAGGAACCGGGGUGGAACCCCGGGCGGGUCUGGUGCACUCGGGGCGCCCCGGAGCACGUCGAAGAAGCGUACCGGCGUCAGCAGGCGGUGGAUCUCCGCGCGUUUUUGAAUCUCAGGGCCGCUGAGCUGCGCCCCGGAGGUUUGCUGUGGCUCCUCCUGCCGGCCAAAGAUGAAAGCGGAGGUCUGAGCACCACGUUUGGGCGCAUCCUGGAGGACGCGUGGCGAGAGCUGACGCAAGAUGGAUCCCUGGACACCCACUGGCUCGACAGCUUCAACAUUCAAGCAUAUUUUCCCACUCUUUCGGACGUCCGCCAAGCCGUGACCGAGUCCGGGGCGUACGACAUCCACGCCCUCGAAUGCGUCCGGAUGAGCGGAACGAUGCCGCUGCGGACGGGCCGCGGAACGCUGGCCGGCGACGACGUGCAAGGUACCCCUCGCCUCCCCCUCCCAAGCGUGGCCCACGUGUGGGCCGUUAUUCAGCCGCAGAUUUGCGGUCACACGGGCACCGAGCGGGGCAGCCGGUUGUACGAGCGGAUGUGCGAGAUCUGGGCCCGGGAGCCCGACAAAUACAACCGGGGGACUGGCGCCGUGAUGUGCGUGGCACUGUUCAGGAAGUAA